UUGUAUGGCGAGCCGCCGUAUUGAUGGAGGAGACGCGCGUCCCCAUCUAUCCGCGGGACGGGACGGACCGCCGCUCCUCGUCGCUCUCCUCCCCGUAGCUGCCUCUGCCUGAACUCCCUCGUCGCUACCCGUCUGAGUCGUAGCACCACCACAACCCCAAGGCAGGCCACGGAGUUCUAUAUAAACGCGCGCGCCAAAAGCCCAGCUCAUCACACCACACGUCGCCCCGGCCGCCGCCACACGAAGCAGGCACGCACGGCAAUGGCGGUGCAGGGCGAGGAGGAGACGGCGGCGAAGCAGGCGGCGCCGGGCGGCGGCGGCAGGACGGCGAGGGGCCACCCGCUGCUGCGCGGGUGGCGGCGCGAGAGGUACACGCACGGCAUGCACCCGGCGCAGAUGGAGGCGCUCCGCGCCAUGUGCGGCGCGCUCAUCCCCUCGCUGCCCGCGGACGGCGGCCACGGCCGCGGGGACCCGCCCGGCGGCAAGGACCUCGAGCGCUUCUACCGCGCCUCCGCCGCCGACUCCACCAUCCCCGACGAGGUUGCGGAGCUGAUGGUGACGCGGUGCAUCCGGGAGGCGGUGGCGCUGGCGUGGGUGGUGCUGUGGGUGCUGAGCACGCGAGUGGGCACGCUGCUGCUGUGCGGCCGCCUGUGCGUCGCCGGCGGCUUCCCCUACGUCCGCAGGUUCGCCGACAUGCCGCCGGAGCGGCGGGAGGCGGCGCUGCAGCGGUGGAACCGGGUGCGCUGGCUCUUCCCGCUCCGGAUCGCCUUCGCCAUCGUCAAGAUCCUCUGCCACUACGUCUUCUACACCAUGGUGAACGAGAACUCUGAGAACCCGCACUGGAAAGCAAUUGGGUACAGCGUGCAAGAGCCACGGGACGAUCAGGCGGAGGCGGCGCCGUCGCCAUCCCGGCCUCUCGACGCCGGCGUCGUGGAGACCAGGCUGCUGAACGACAACGCGCUGCUCAGGUCGCUCGUGGGCAGGGGCCUCACGGUGAAGCCGGCCGCGUCGGACGCGAACCACCACGUCGUGCAAUGCGACGCCGUCAUCGUCGGGUCAGGCUGCGGCGGCGGCGUGGCAGCGGCCGUGCUCGCGUCCGCGGGGUACAAGGUGGUGGUCGUCGAGAAGGGCGACUACUUCACCGCCGCGGACUACAGCUCGAUCGAGGGCCCGUCCAUGGAGCGCCUCUUCGAGCGGGGCGGCAUCUUCUGCACCUCCAAUAUGACCACGAUGAUCUUCACGGGCGCCACGGUCGGCGGCGGCUCGGCGGUGAACUGGUCCGCCAGUAUCCGCACGCCGAGGGAGGUGACGCAGGAGUGGGCGCGCGAGCACGGGCUCCCGGUGUUCGCGAGCCCCGGGUACGUGCAGGCCAUGGACGCGGUGUGCGACCGGCUCUCGGUGACCGACGCGUGCCGCGAGGAAGGGUUCCAGAACAAGGUUGUCCGCCGCGGUUGCGAGGCGCUCGGGCUGCGCGCCGACGCCGUGCCGCGCAACUCGUCGGAGGGACACUUCUGCGGGAGCUGCAACUUCGGCUGCCCCACCGGCGACAAGCGCGGCACGGACACGACGUGGCUCGUGGACGCCGUCGCGCGCGGCGCGGUCAUCCUGACCGGCUGCAAGGCCGAGCAUUUCGUGUUCGAGAAAAACAGCGGCCGGCCGCGGGGCAAGAAGUGCGUGGGCCUGGUGGCGACGUGCGCGAGCGACGGCGUCACCAAGAAUCUGCGCAUCGAGGCCAAGGUCUCGAUCGCGGCGUGCGGGGCGCUGAUGACGCCGCCGCUGCUGCGCAACAGCGGGCUCAAGAACCGGCACAUCGGCCGCAACCUCCACCUCCACCCGGUGUCCAUGGCGUGGGGCUACUUCCCGGAGAGCAGGCAGGACCCUCAGCCAGGGGCGGGCCCAAAGGGUAUUCAUGGUUGCUGGGCCCGCCACUGCCCUCAGCUCGCCGGCAAGUGCUACGAGGGCGGCAUCAUCACCAGCAUGCACCGCGUCACGGAGCGCACCAUCAUCGAGACGCCGGCGCUGGGUCCCGGCGCCUUCGCCGCCAUGGUCCCCUGGGAGUCCGGCCGCGACAUGAAGGAGCGGAUGCGCCGGUACUCCCGCACCGCGCACGCGUUCGCGCUGGUCCGCGACCGCGGCGCCGGGUUCGUGGACGGCGAGGGCCUCGUGCGCUUCACCCCGAGCCGCGAGGACGUGGACGAGCUCCGCAACGGCCUCCGCCGCGCGCUGCGCAUCCUGGUGGCCGCGGGCGCCGCCGAAGUCGGCACCCACCGCAGCGACGGGCAAAGGCUGCGGUGCAAGGGCCUCCGCGACGAGGACCUGGAGGCGUUCCUGGACGAGGUGACCGUCGACAAGGGGCCCAUGCACUCGCGGGCCGACAAGUGGGCGCUCCACUGCUCGGCGCACCAGAUGGGCAGCUGCCGGAUGGGGUCCAGCCCCCGGGACGGCGCCGUGGACGGCCGCGGCGAGAGCUGGGAGGCGGAGGGGCUGUACGUGUGCGACGGCAGCCUGCUGCCCACGGCGGUGGGCGUGAACCCCAUGAUCACCAUCCAGUCCACCGCGUACUGCCUCUCCAAGGGCAUCGCCGAGACCCUGGCGCAGGGCGAGAAACAGUAGCCGGCCUGCGUCAAUGCGCGUGUGGACUGUGGAGCAUAGAUGCGUGCGCAUGCUAAUCGAGUGUGCAGACUAUACUACUCUCCAUUUGUGCAAAUGGUUCACGACUGGUGGUUGGCUUACACAGCCUAAAAUUUAAGAUGAGCCGGAUACAAAAGAUUAUAUCCUAAUAAAAACGCAUGGUUAUAAAACAUUUGUACUGGAUUAUAUUAUGUAAUUCGUGACACAAUGAACUAGAAUAUUUAGAAAAAGGAAAAAUGCAA